AUGCCGCUUCUAGAUCCUGAUACACAGGCUCCGGCUGAGUCUUCAGCGGCGCAGCUGCAGAGGCUACCCUUUCCCCCAGUCACUUACUCUCACAUUCUUCAUUGCUCUUAUCAUCACUGGCAACCUCGAUACCGCCCACUCACCCCAAAAUCUCGUGCUAUACCUUUGACGCCUUCAUUCGUGUCCUACCUCCGCGCCGAUGGAAUCGUUCUACCACCAGAGACCACCCCGCCACAGGGCGAAGAUGAACUAGACACAUUUUCCGACGACGGUGCAGACGAAGAGCCAGAUCCAUCCGUUGAAUGGCAAGAAAUUCACUCCCAUAUCAGGUCAACCAUCUCAGAGUUUGGCGGCAAAGUAACACCAAAGCUGAACUGGAGUGCGCCAAAGGAUGCUGUGUGGAUGUCGGCGACGAACGAUCUUCAAUGCCGAACACCAAAUGAUAUAUACCUCCUCCUGAAGAGCAGCGACUUCAUCACACACGACUUGGAGCAUCCAUUUGACGGUUGCGUGCCCGAUACAGGCGAUUCUUCCGAUACGCCUGCUACCCAACCCGAUAUCCCUUACCACCUCGUCCUCCGCAAAUACGUUAACUUCAAUCCCUCUCUUGAAUUCCGUUGCUUUGUACGUAACCGCGUGCUUUUGUGCAUGUGCCAGCGCGACCAGAAUCAUUUUGACUUCCUCUUCUCGCUGCGGGACACCCUUCGAUCACGCAUCCAGGCUUUCUUCGACGACAAGCUCAAGGACACAUUUCCAGACCCCAACUUCGUCUUUGACGUGUAUAUCCCUGAGCCACACCAGCGCGUGUGGCUUAUCGACAUCAACCCCUGGGCUGAUAGAACAGACCCGCUUUUGUUCAGUUGGCUGGAAAUCCUGCAGAUGAAGGAUCCCAUCGGAAUAAAGGAAGAGGACGCAGACGGCCCCGAGGAAAGCUUUGUUCGACUCUCUCUCAACGGAGCCAACCCUAUAGUGGAGGAGGUAAAUGGAAAUGAGAGUUCCGAGUCAGAAGAAGAAGAAGAGCUUGAACGCGCGGACGAUGGAGACGACUCGCCGUUCCUCCCCGAAUUCCGUCUCGUGAAGCGUGAUGACCCAGAGGCAUAUUCUUUCAGUACCCCUCAGUACUCCGCGCAUAAAUUGCCCAGAGAAGUUGUUGAUGCGUCUCUUUCUGGGCCAGGUGGUAUGAGUGAGUUCUUGGGUAAGUGGCAGGACAUUCUAGCCAAGCAGACGCAGGAGGAUACGGACAGUGACGAUGGACGAUAA